UAUAGCCCCGAUGAACAAACAAACAAAAUGGCACAGUCAGCUGUGAACAAUAUUUCUGAAGAAACGAACCCAACUAAUCCUAUCUUGUCUAAUGACAGUGGUACAUGUACUGAAGAAGAAGAGGAGAUCAUGCAGGAAACAAGCAAAGGAGACACCAUAAUUGAAAGACUUCAUUUCAACAAGAGUCUUGUCGUUGAGAAGAUUGUGGACGUUUCUUUUUCAAAGGAGGGUGAUCGCUUUUAUCGUGUGCAAUGGGAAGAAACAUGGGAACGAGAAGAGGAUCUGUUACUUGCAUGCAAAGAUUUACUCCGCGAUUACUGGGAGAAUCACUUGAUAUCUUAUGUUUCUCAGGAAAAGAUGAAACCUUCACUUGACCACAAUAAUACAUUAUCCACUGUUACAUCAAUGGAGGAAAGUAAAACGGAAGCAAUGCAUAAUUCGUCUGAAGUAUCUCCUUCUGAAAUACUAACGGCCGAGGUAUCAACUGAUGUGUCGUCUCCCGAAGUAUCGCCUCCCGAGAUGUCGACUCUCGAAGGAUCGCCCUCUGCGAUUUCCGAAGUGUCGCCUUCUGAAGAAUCGACUUCUCAAGUACCAUUUCCCGACAUAUCGCCUCCUAAUGUGGCGCCUGUAGCUUGCUCUGCAAAUUCGUCACAAACCAGCAAUGCGAUAGAGGCUGAGCGAGCGAAAGACUUCUUAAAGGAUAUCCCUGAGCAGUAUAGGAACGUUGGGUUUGCAAAAUCUAUUCGUGAACAAUUUUUAGCAGAGGUUCCAAUAGAAAACAAGUUUGACUUUAUCGAAGAUUUCAUCGCCAAGCGAAACGAACCGAAGAAACGCAACAACAUAGAGAAGAGACCUCGCGAGGACAUUAUAAGAGAAUAUAUAUCUUAUCGAAACGGAACGCGAGUUGCAUGUGAAGUGUGUGGAGAAUCUUUUGCAGAUAAGAAGAGUUUGCUACGCCAUAAAAUUUGCCGACACGCUAAGUACUCACCGCACCAAUGCGGCAUCUGUCGUAAAAUGUUUGUAAAACCAGGUGACGUUCGUCGGCACAUGGCAACCCAUUCUGACGUCAGAGCGUAUUAUUGUUGUUAUUGUUCAAAAGCAUACAAAACAAAAAAUCAUUUACAAAGACAUAUAAAAGCGAAACAUAAGGAGGAUUCAGCUCUUGUAAGUGCUAGCGAUGGAAUGGAAGAAAUCAUCCCGAUGACAAACGACAGUAGCGACAGCUUGUCGGACAAUAUAAUAAAUAUGACGUCCGGCGAGACAAGUGCGGGGGUACUUAACAUUGUCCAACAGCAAAACGGAAACAAUCUUCUUUCUCCUCUACAUGACGAAAUGAGCAAUCCACAUGAUACAGUAUUGCAUCCAGUUGCUAUCAAUGCGAAUACUAUUUUGCUGCAUGAUACUAGCACAGUUCUGCAAAAUGCAAAUGUUAUUUUGCAUAACCAUCCUGCGCUUUCUGAAAAUUUCAUGACUACACGCGCAGACGGAGUACAAAUGUGUUUAAUUGACAGGCCCUUUUUUUAAUUUGUACCGUACUAUUGUUGUAUUUAGUCAACCUCAUCCCCAGGGCUUGUCCGAGAUUGUCAGAAAGAGAGCUCUGGGGACAAGGUUGGUAUUUAGCUUGUACAUACCUCCGGGAAAUUCUAAUAACGGCUUUCCUUAAUUUUUGAUUUUGCAUUAAGAGCAGAGAAUAUGCGCAUUAUUUCGGUAGUAAGAAAGUAUAAACAACAGACCACAGUUAUCAAACAAGUUUAUUCUUUUUAGUUUUUGUUUCUAAAAAGUUUGCGAAUUACAUUAAUAGCAAUUUUACCCUAUAUGGUCCUGCUUUUUUUUACCUACAGAAUAUGCGCGCAUGUAAAAAACGUCGCAAAAUUUUGUAAAUAUUGUCAAGUCAAGCAUAGGUAAGAGUGUUUUUAUAUGAAAAAAAUAUGAUCGAUUUUGUGAACGAAGACUAAGUAGGAACGACAUUUAUUUUACGAAGACAAGUUUUUAAUUCGGGAUUGAAUCUGAAUGUAAAAAUGGCUUAAUGGAUUUAAACAUGGGACUUUUGUAUAUUAUUGUAUGCAUUAUAUGCUGACCAGUCAGCAAUUUAAGCUCUAUGAGUUGAAGAUGUGAAGAAAAGUCUUGUUUGUUCAAAUAAAUAUUAAAUAUGUAUUCUCAA